GCAUGGGCUUCAAACCGGUCGGAGAUAGUUACGUUUUUUAUUUCAGACUAAAACGCGCUUUCAUUUCUGCGUUUUCCCUUUUUUCAAAAGUAAUUAAAAUGUGGCAAAGACAAAAUCAUUGGUCGGAUCACCUCUUACACCAACUGUCAUCGUUUAAAGAUAAAGAUUUAGAAAAUAAAUUAUAUAUGUUUUCAUCCGAUGUAGCAAACUGCUGGAUCCAGUGAGAACAUUUCACAGCGUCAGAGGCGUCUGCGACUGAGGGCUAGUGGAUACUCGCAACUUGAUACAGAGCAUCUUUAAGAUGGGGUUGUUAAUCAAGGCAAUGCUAAACUCUCUUGUCCUACUGCUCAGUUGGGCUAUGAUACCGGAAUUUGUGGGAGCACAGAAUGACACCGAACCAAUUGUCCUAGAGGGCAAGUGUCUUGUGGUUUGCGACUCAAAUCCGACUAUGGAUUGGAAGGGUUCGUCUUCUCCACUCGGUAUCUCUGUGCGCGCAGCGAACUCCAAGGUGGCUUUCUCUGCAGUUCGGAGCAACAACCAUGAACCAUCGGAGAUGAGCAAUAAAACAAGAAUCAUAUACUUUGAUCAAAUUCUUGUGAAUAUAGGCAACUACUUCACACUGGAAUCAGUAUUUCUGUCACCUAGAAAAGGAAUCUACAGUUUCAACUUUCAUGUUAUCAAAGUGUACCAGAGCCAGACCAUUCAGGUGAACUUAAUGUUGAAUGGGAAACCUGUCAUCUCAGCCUUCGCCGGUGACAAAGACGUGACACGGGAGGCUGCCACCAAUGGAGUCCUGCUCUAUCUGGAUAAAGAGGACAAGGUUUACCUUAAACUGGAGAAAGGAAACCUGGUUGGGGGUUGGCAGUAUUCUACUUUUUCUGGUUUUCUUGUAUUUCCUCUGUAAAAGAAGAACUUCUCAAAGUGUUUUGUUUAAUCAAAACUUUCCUUCAUCAUUUGGAUUUAGACAAACAGAUGGAAAUGUUGGAUGGCCAUGGAUAAAGGCGUGAAUAGUAUUUUUGAAAGCUUUGACAUUUGCUGGGUUAUUUUACAGAUGCAAUACUCUUUUUGUUUCUGACACUAUACCAUUCUAUACAUUUUAAUGAGGAACACCAUUGUUUCACAACAAGAUCUUCAAAUGCCAAAUGCCCAUAAUGUGAGCAUUGCAUAUUUGCAUUGCAAGUUUUGUCAAACGUUUUAAGUCACCAUGGCUCGCAUACGACCUCUUUUGGUUUUGGAUUUGUUUUUUUAGGGAGUGUGACAUACGGGUUUCAGUCUCAAGAAGAAACUGUGAUCCAAUGUGCAAUAGCAAGCCCAAGAGUGAGAUAACCCCGCUCUAUCUACCAGUCACACACUGGAUCUAAUAAGCUGGGUUUCAGUGGCAGAGUCUGUUCUCAAGGGUCAUCCUCUACAAUCAAUACACAAAUAGUUUGCUAAUUCCUGUGGUGGACUGGAGGUUAGAAACCUCAGUACAAACAGGAUGUCCUGCAAAGCGCUACCAGCAGGUCAAUGCAAUGAUUAACCUACUAUUAAGCAAUCUGGCAAUUGACUAGGACACCUAAUUGGACUCACCCUGAAAGCUUCAGCAACACAUGAACGCAGGAUAGCUUUGGUAAAAGCCUUUUUGAGUUCUUAGACUGUAGAUAAAGAAGCAAACAUUGCAAAGAUUAACCAGCCUGGACCAUCCUCAGUCAUUAGUGAUGUCAAAGCAGAAUGCUGCUGACUACAUAGGCCUGCACUGCAAGUGCAAAAUAAGUGGACGUUUCAUACUCCAAAUAUUGGCCCUUCUGAUUCCGAGGCCUCCUCAUGAAAUCUUAACUAUGUAGGAAUACUAUUAAAACUUGGUUUGAUACACGCUUGUUAAUUUAUUGUUCAUAUUCAUCAAUUUAGACCUAAACAGUGUGGUUGUGCAUUGAACUACUUUGACUGCCUAUAUACAUUUGUGUUGUGUGCUUAGUUUGAUGUGAAACAUUACCUGUAGCAUCUGCAAGUCGAUAGACAGUAUGUUAUUUUAAUGUCAUUGUUUAGAGACAGUGAGUGCAUACAUGUGCAGUAUUUUCAGACUAAUUCAGAAAGAUUGGAAGAAUGAGCCACAAACAGAUUUUGCUGUAUGCCACCAAUAGAUUAGUUUAGCAGAUUAUGGCAUUGAUUUGAUCUUUAAAGUUUUUUUAUAACAUUUGUUAUUGUUUUUUCCCUCAACGGUUUUCAAGUGCUGCUAUAUUUUUGGGGAUUUUGACAUUCAGGCAUCAUAAAGAGCGAGUUUGAUUAAUAACAGUUAUCCAGCUGAGUAGCCACACACCACAGUAUGUUUGAUCAUACUGAAUGUUUUACUGCUGAUGCCAAUGGAGUCUGGAACAAGGAGGCCUGGAACAUGUUCUGCAUUAUUAAAACAGAUUAUCAUCGUGGAGUAAGAGGACUGAGAAGGACAAAUCCUUCAAAUGACUGCAAGGAAUAAUGUAAAUAUAAAAAAUGACAUGUUUACAGGUGUCUGUUGUGGCUUCUAUGGUGUGGAUCAUUCAACCACAUUUGACUGCUUUACUUGAUUCGUCAUUGCAGUGUUUGAUUCAUGAUGACUUGCUCCGUCACUGUAGCCUAACAUUUGAAAUUUUAAAAUCACUUGUACUGUAGAAUUUAAGAGUGAAGGCUGUGAAUGAGUGAGGACUGUUUGUGAGAACUGUUCAAAUCACUGGAUGGUUGUUAGGAAAUAAAAGAAAAUCACAUGGUUUUUAUAUCCAUAAAGUUGACCACCACUGUAAUUACUAAUCAUGGCAACACUUUACAUUAUGGUUACAUUGACUAAUGUGUAACUACAUAGUUAUUGCAUUGUGAAAAAUUAUUGUAGGGACAGGUCAUAGGAUUUGUCAAUUUUCCAUGAAUUUAAAUGAUACCCAGUCUUAGCUAUAUAGGUUAUUACAAACAUGUAAGAAGGUACAAUUUGGGGCAGAGGUGUAAGGGCUAAGUGGAUGUUUUGAAGGUUGUGUCACCAAAACAAGAUCUCUGUUAACAACCAUGCACUCCUGGAAGGCCCAACCUCCCCCAUUCCAAGUUUCAGUUGGUUAAUAAUUUGUAGCACUAAACCGCAAUGAAGUGUAACUACAUAUAAACUUGUUAUGUUCCUAUGUAACUAUGGAAAAAGUUAUUGCUAUCUAAUUACAUGGUAGGUUAUGUAACCUUACUGUAAAGUGUUGCCCGAAUAAGUUUUGGGAAAUAAAUGUAUGGACCUACUUCAUGUAACUUAAAAUAAUCAAAUGGCCAGUGUAACUUUAUAAUAGGAUGAUAUGUGGCAUGUAUUACCAUGUUCAUUAAAAAAAGAAGAAAAAAAGCAAACUACAUUUACUAUGGUGGUACAAUUUUAUAUUAGUAAAUCCAACCAGCGUUGAGUAAAUUAAGGAUUUUUUCACCACAAAAUAAUAAUCUAUUGGUCCAGAUGUGCAUUUGAAUAAAUGGAUGAAUUGUUGUUGGAGGGCCUUUUA